UUUCUUUCCGUCGCUUUGCCUUCCCUCUAACACUCUACGACUCUACGACGCGACAACUCGCCAUGGCUGAUUUACAAGGUCGCAAGGUCUUCAAGGUUUUCAACCAGGACUUUAUCGUGAGCGAGCAAUACAAUGUGACAAAGGAGCUUGGCCAGGGAGCCUACGGUAUCGUGUGCGCCGCAACCAACGUCCAGACCGGCGAGGGCGUCGCCGUCAAGAAGGUCACCAAUGUCUUCAGCAAGAAGAUCCUAGCCAAGCGGGCUUUGCGAGAGAUCAAGCUGCUCCAGCAUUUCCGUGGUCAUCGCAAUAUCACAUGCCUGUACGAUAUGGAUAUUCCCCGACCGGACAACUUUAACGAAACAUAUCUCUAUGAGGAAUUGAUGGAAUGUGAUCUGGCUGCUAUCAUCCGUUCUGGCCAGCCUUUGACCGAUGCCCACUUCCAAUCCUUCAUCUACCAGAUCCUCUGUGGUCUCAAGUACAUCCACUCGGCCAACGUCCUGCACCGUGAUCUCAAACCCGGUAAUCUGCUGGUCAAUGCGGACUGCGAGCUUAAGAUCUGCGAUUUCGGCCUGGCUCGUGGAUUCUCAAUCGACCCGGAGGAGAACGCGGGAUACAUGACCGAAUAUGUCGCGACGAGAUGGUACCGCGCACCGGAGAUCAUGUUGAGCUUCCAGAGCUAUACCAAAGCGAUUGACGUCUGGUCCGUGGGCUGCAUUCUCGCUGAGCUCCUCGGCGGCCGACCCUUCUUCAAGGGCCGUGACUAUGUCGACCAGCUGAAUCAGAUCCUGCACUACCUGGGUACACCCAAUGAAGAGACCCUGGCGCGCAUUGGAUCGCCCCGCGCCCAGGAAUACGUGCGCAACCUGCCCUUCAUGCCGAAGGUGGCCUUCAAGCAGCUGUUCCCUCAAGCCAACCCCGAUGCGUUGGACCUGUUGGACCGCAUGUUGGCAUUCGAUCCGUCGUCACGUAUCUCUGUCGAGGAGGCCCUCGAGCACCCCUACCUGCACAUCUGGCACGACGCCUCGGACGAGCCGAACUGCCCCACGACCUUCGACUUCCACUUCGAGGUCGUCGAAGAAGUCCCGGACAUGCGCAAGAUGAUCCUCGACGAGGUCAUCCGCUUCCGCGCUACCGUCCGCCAGCAAUCGCAGGCCCAUGCCGCCCAGCAGCAGCAGGUCGCUCAGCAGACUAACAUCCCCAUUCCGGAUAAUCAACAGGGUCCUUGGAAGACCGAGGAUCCUAGACCUCAGGAGGCUACCGCUGGCGGUGGUUACAACCCUAAUGACUUGGAAUCCUCGCUGCAGCGCGGCAUGGACGUGCAUCACCGUUGAUACCUUUUCUUUCUUCUUUCUGCCGUUUUUCUCGACUUGUUGGUUGUUCGGCGUGUUGAAUCCGAUCGUGUCUUCCAUCGCGCCCUGCAUGUUGAUCUAAUUUAGCCAAGAGAUACCUUCAGAGAAACAAAAAAAGACCGGGAUGAUUUACAUGGGGUUUUAUUUUCAUUUUUCCAUUUCCAUCUUAACUCCAAUUUUGAACUCGGCUUUCUCAUCUCUAUCUGUUGUUCUGCGGUCUGCGUUCACGCCCGAUUUCAUAGCUUGGACUGUGUCUUCGUGUCCUAUUUCCUUUUGAUGUGACUUUUGUGUUUAUGUCCGAAUCCUUUCACUGCUUUUAAAGUUUAGGGUGCUAUUGGUUGUGGUUCCUGGUUGGAUAUGAUACUUGGGUCAUUACUCUGUGCAUUGCAUCUCUUUCAAGUAGGUUCAUCAUUAGAUAGAAUGUCAAUCAAGUCUUC